AUGGGUAAGGAACAAGAGCUCCUGCAGGCGGUGAAGACGGACGAUUCAGACACCGCACAGAAGAUCCUACACAGACCCAGCGGCAAACAUGCCAAGUUGCUGGGUGCAUCCAAGAGGCUCAAUGUGAACUUCCAGGAUGCAGACGGGCUGGCUGCUCUGCACUAUGCUGCGUUGAAUGGCUCUAUGGAGCUGAUCUCUCUCCUCCUGGAAAACCAGGCAGCAGUGGACAUCAAGGAUCAGAAGGGCAUGCGUCCGUUGCACUAUGCCGCUUGGCAGGGGAGGACUGAGCCAAUGAAAUCACUGCUGAGGGCAGGCUCUUCAGUCAACAACCAAUCAGAAGAAGGACAGAUCCCCCUGCACCUCUCAUCUCAACACGGACACUACGAUGCGUAUGUCAUCGCCCUGCUAGAUCCAUAA